CAGACGCAGCCCCGCGCCCUCUGCCACCUCUUCCAGCCGAGCCCCGACCGAGCCCCAGCGCCAUGGAUGAGUGGGACCUGCCCCAGUGGAAGAAGGAGGUGGAGAGCCUGAAGUACCAGCUGGCCUACAAGCGGGAGAUGUCCUCCAAAACGAUACCUGAGUUUGUGAAGUGGAUAGAGGAUGGCAUUCCUGAAGACCCCUUCCUGAACCCAGAGCUGAUGAAGAACAACCCCUGGGUGGAGAAAGGGAAAUGCAGCAUCCUCUGAGAGCAGGUGCUGUGCAUUAACACUGAAUGUACACUUUUUUAUUAGCUAGCUUCCUAAUAUGACUAACUGAAACACUCAACCCUCAUCUCGUCUUAUUAUUUUAGUAGUAGAAGUGUUUGGUUUUAUAGGGGCAGCUGGGGAGGCAUACAUGGGGUGGAUGCAUGGGAGAUGGCAAUAGCAAACAUUCCCUGGGGCAGGGAGGGCUGCCUCUUGUCCUACCCCUUCUGCACCCAUGAGCAAGUGCUGUACUCAUAAAGGGAGAAAACUUUUAUACAACGUUCUCAGUGCUUUUCACUGCUCUUUUUGUAUACUGUAGGCUCUAAGCUUUUUGCAGCACAGCAGGCACAAUCUGCCAACAAAGGGUUUAUAAAUGAAAUAAA